UUGCCUGCGCCAUGCCGGAUAUGUUCCCGUCGCCUGAUCGAGCGGUUCUUUUAAUGUGAACUUGUACAACUGAACGCUACGCGGAAUUUUGUUGCGUAAAGUCGUUCCGACCCGUUCAGAUAGAUGUUCGCCAGGUAGCUCUAGCGGCGUUAUGAGUUAUGGUUACGGGAGUCGGAGGGGCCGGAGGGGCGGCCGGAGCUUCGGGGAUGGAGGUGACGAUGAGCGCUGGGACCGUCACCGUGGAACCACCUGGGCCGGGGCCGGGGCCGGCGGAGCUGGGCCUGGGGCGAGCGGCGGCGGCGGCGGCGGCGCGGCCCAGAGGAACCUCGGCUGGGAGGAGCAGGGAGCCUCAGCCGGGCGAGGCGGGGGGUCUCGGGGCCGCCAUCCGGCACAUCUGAAAGGCCGGGAGAUCGGCCUGUGGUACGCGAAGAGGGGCGGCAUGAAGCGAAAAGAGGAGGAGAGGAAGUCGAGGGCUGUGGUUCAGAUGGACGAGUCCAGAGAGGAGCACAUCACUCAGCUGCUGAACAAGGUCCAGAGAGACACACCUGCUGCUGCUUCCUCAGGGGCUGCAGGGGCGACACCAGUGAAGCAGCACAGCUACUUCGAUGGUGAGGAACCUCCAAAGGAAGCGCCUCCCGCUGAGCGGAAGGAGGUGAAAGAAACGCCGAAGGACAGAAGCCUGGAAUUUCUGUUCCAGGAGCUGGUGCGCAAUUCCACUCUCGACCAAGAGCUCAAGAGGGACCUGCAGUCAAAAAGGAGCGACCAAAAGUACCUGGAGAUGCUGAAAUUCCGAGAGAAGCUGCCUUCGUAUGGGAUGAAGGAGGAGCUGGUCCAGCUGAUCCGGGCCAACCAGGUCAUGGUGGUGAGCGGCGAGACGGGCUGUGGGAAGACUACACAGGUCACCCAGUUCAUCCUGGAUGACAGCAUCCAGCGUGGAAUGGGUUCCAUCUGCAGGGUGGUGUGCACCCAGCCGCGGCGCAUCAGUGCCAUCUCUGUGGCAGAGCGGGUGGCGGCAGAGCGGGCUGAAGCCGUGGGGGAGGGGAAUUCCUGCGGGUACCAGAUCCGACUGCAGAGCCGGUUACCACGGAAACAGGGUUCCAUGCUGUAUUGUACCACAGGCAUUAUCCUGCAGUGGCUUCGCUCUGAUCCUCACCUGUCGAGCGUCAGUCACCUGGUUCUGGACGAGAUCCACGAGCGCAACCUGCAGUCAGACGUUCUCAUCACCAUCAUUAAAGACCUGCUGCGCGUCCGCGAAGAUAUCAAAGUGAUCCUCAUGAGUGCCACUCUCAACGCUGAGAAGUUCUCCAGAUACUUUGGUAACUGUCCAAUGAUCCACAUCCCUGGCUUUACCUACCCAGUGAAGGAGUACCUGCUGGAGGACGUGGUACAGAUGCUUAGAUAUCGGCCUCAGUCGCAGGACCGCCGACCUAAGUGGAAGCGACGCUUCAUGCAAGGCCAGAUGUCUCGGCCCGAGAAGGAGCAGAAGGAGGAGGAGUAUCAGGAGAGCUGGCCUUGUUACGCGCGCACGCUGCGAGACAGAUACUCUGACAGCACCAUUGAGGUCCUGGAGAUGAUGGACGAUGACGACAAGGUUGACCUGUCACUCAUCGUGGAGCUCAUCAAAUACAUCGUGCUGCAGGAAGAGGAUGGUGCCAUCCUGGUCUUCCUGCCUGGUUGGGACAACAUCAGUGGUCUUAAUGAUCUUCUCAUGGCCCAGCAGAUGUUAAAGUCAGACAAGUUCAUCAUCAUUCCACUGCAUUCCUUGAUGCCAACAGUCAGUCAGACGCAGGUGUUUAAGAAGCCCCCACCAGGAGUGCGGAAAAUCGUGAUCGCUACCAACAUCGCUGAGACCAGCAUCACCAUCGAUGAUGUCGUCUAUGUGAUUGAUGGGGGAAAGAUCAAGGAGACACAUUUUGACACCCAGAACAACAUCAGCACCAUGACAGCUGAGUGGGUGAGCCUGGCCAAUGCCAAGCAGAGGAAAGGCCGUGCCGGCAGGGUCUCCCCAGGGAAGUGCUACCACCUGUACAAUGGCCUUCGAGCUAGUCUUCUGGAUGCCUACCAGCUGCCUGAGAUCCAGCGCACACCACUGGAGGAGCUCUGUCUGCAGAUCAAGAUCCUGAAGUUGGGCAGAAUCGCCUCAUUCCUGCAGAAGGCCAUGGACCCGCCCUCAGAACAAGCGGUGCAGCUGGCCAUCACUCACCUGAUGGAACUGAAUGCCCUGGACCACCACGAGGAGCUGACCCCCCUAGGGUUCCACCUGGCCCGGCUGCCAGUUGAGCCCCACAUUGGGAAGAUGAUCUUGUUCGGGGCACUUCUGGGCUGUCUGGACCCUGUGCUCACCAUCGCAGCCAGCCUGAGCUUCAAGGACCCAUUCUUCAUCCCCCUGGGCAAAGAGAAGCUGGCAGACAUGAGGAGAAAAGCCCUGUCCAAGAACUCCAAGAGCGACCAUCUCACCGUGGUCAAUGCCUUCUGGGGCUGGGAGGAAGCCAAGAGACGGGGCUACAAGUGCGAGCGCGAGUAUUGCUGGGACAACUUUCUGUCAGCCAACACGCUUCAGAUGUUACACAACAUGAAGGGUCAGUUUGCAGAACACCUGCUCUGUGCAGGAUUUGUCAGCAGCAAGGACCCAAAAGAUCCUGCCUCCAACAUCAACUCAGAUAAUGAGAAGCUCCUCAAAGCAGUCAUCGUGGCCGGCCUGUACCCUAAAGUCGCCAAGAUCCGGCCAAGUUUCAGCAAGAAGCGGCCCGGCGUGAAGGUUUACACCAAGGCCGAUGGAAAGGUGAACAUCCACCCAAAGUCAGUGAAUGCAGAGGAGACCGAGUUCCACUACACCUGGCUCAUCUACCACUUGAAGAUGAAGACCAGCAGUAUUUUCCUCUAUGACUGCACAGAAGUGUCUCCAUUCUCACUGCUCUUCUUUGGGGGAGAUAUUUCCAUCCAAAAGGAUCAGGAGCAGGACACCAUAGCUGUGGAUGAGUGGAUCGUGUUCCAGUCCCCAGCCCGCAUUGCCCACCUCGUCAAGAAUCUGAAGACAGAGCUGGACUCCCUCCUUGAGGAGAAGAUCAAGAACCCCCAGCCCGUGGACUGGAGCAACUCAAAGUCCAAGGACUGUGCUGUCAUUCUGGCCAUCAUUGACCUCAUCACGACGCAGGAGAGCAACGCAGGCUCUUCUGGUGGAACCCAGGCUGGAGGCAGGUACUACGACUAACUCCACUGCUUCUCUCCUCGGCUCCACACCUAUUAUUUAUUCACAUCUUUGGGAAAAAAUGCUAGUUUUUGUUUUUUUGUUAAAACCUAGGUAAGUGUUCUCAUGUUAUUGUAUAUGUUGGGAAAACAGUCCCUCUUUUUUACAUAGCUUCCAUGUCAGGCUGUAAUAUGAGCUUCACUCACUUUUACUUGUAUGGUCCAGCCCAGCUUGAACCUGCAGUACAUGUGACUGCUGCAGGUUUGAGCAGGACCACUCAUUGGCUAGUUUUCAGAGUCCUGUACCGUGACUGCCCCCUGCUUUGUAAAGCAUUAAAGCUGAAAA